AUGGGGAUGGGAAUGGUGGUGAGCAACUGGAUGCGCCGAAUUCAGCAGCGGAUUUGGUGGCAGGGAUGCCAAGUGGCCGAAUGUGAAGCCAGUGGCAAGCCGGGGGAGGCGCGUACACUGAGGACGCCGGUGCGGGUGAUCAGCCGGGCGUUUAUCCGACUGUGGCAGAGCAGCGGGGGUGGAGGACGCCUCCCAGAAAAAACAAAAAACGGCCCUGCUGAGGCAGCGGGGCGGCUGGUGAGGAGAGACCAGGGGAGUGAGCUCUGGCAUGAAGGAGAUCAGCCGCCGCACUCAGCUGCAGCGAGAGCAAGGGGUGGAGCCAGGGCGGGCUCCGAGAAAGCCGGCAACAGAACCGGCAUCAGUGCUGGCGGUGGGACCGGCUCCGAUGCUGUUGGCGGCACCGGUGAGAAAGCCGGCUACAUUGUAGGCAGCAGAGCUGGUGGAGGAACCAGAGGCAUCUGGAGCAACAAAGCCAGGGAGGAAAUUGACUGCGUUGCAGGCAGCAGAGCCGGGGAAGGAACCGGAACCAUCCUAAGCAGCAGAGCCGGUGGAGGAACUGGCUGCACUGCAGGCAGAAGGGCCAGCGAGGGAACCGGCCGCAUUCCAGGCAGCAGAGCUGGUGAAGGAACCGGCUGCUUCGUAAGCAGCAGAGCCGGUGGAGAAACCAGCAGCCGGAUUAAGGAAGGAGCCGAGGCGGAAGGACUGGGCUGGCGACCCUGGCAGACGGCACAUUGA